AUGUCUGCAGCUUCCAUGAACAGUAGCACCACAUUCAAGAGCGGCACAACGACGACAGAAUCCAACAGUAGCAAUAGUAACGGCGGCGGCAGUAUUGUGAGUGGCGGUGGUACCGUUUCAACGCCCGCGAACGUUUUGAUCCUGGAAGGCUCCGGUAGCAUCCAUCAUCAGGCGUCGCAUCAUCAGCACAACAACCACCACCACCAGCACCACCAUUUGCUCGACAGUAGCGACGUGGUGACGGCGGCCGCGGGCCUGCAGCAACUUUCGAAUGCCGCCAAUGCGCUCAAGCUGCGCGAGUGCGCCGUUCAAUAUUCGAAUCUGAUAAGCUAUGGAACGACGGCAGCAACUACUGCAACGUCCGUCGCGUCCCUUACUGGCAACGGGAGCAAUACUAGUUUUAGCAGCAACACCGGUGGCAAUAGCAAUAGUGUCAUAAGUAGUAGUGUUAGUAACAGUGGACAAAUGAGCAACAGCAUCAACAUGCAACUAGCUGCUGCACAGCAGCAGCAGCAGCAGCAGCAGACACCGGGUGGUGCACCGGUGCACGCGGACAUUCCGCUGGUGUCCACCGGUGUCGGUGGCAGUGUCGGAUCCCGUGUGCAGAUGUUGGGCAACGUGACGCUUGUGUCGAAAAGUGGUGCCCACCAGCCGGGCGGACACCAGCAAACGUUUCAAACCGUGUCCGCACAGCAGCAGAAGCAGCAAACGUUCAACUACAUCGAUGGGAGCGGGAAGAACUUUAACGUUCUCACGUCGACCGGUGCCAAGCUGAAUGCCAGCAAACUGAUCGGCGUGCCGAUCUCGAACGUGAAAACCAUCAACAACCAAACGCACCAUCACCAUCAGCAGCAGCAGCAGCACCAUCAUCAUAUGUUGCCGGCCACUAUUAGCACGCCGGUCGUUUCGUCCGCCGGUACUGUGAUCGGUGGCUCGGCCGGCUCGGCGACGAUGGUGCACAAGCUGACCGUUCCGCGGAACAUUCAGCUCGUGACACGGAUGCCCAACAGUGGGGCAAACAUGGCCGGUGCUAGUAACUCGCUGAGCAACGGUGGUGGUCGAAUAGUACAGCAACCACAGCAGCAGCAGCAUGCCCAGUACACGACCGUCCAGGAUACGGGCGGUAAUGCGCUGGCCGUCGGUGGGAUGCUGGAGAUAAAGAAUGUCCUUUCGACGCACGUCAAACCGAUUCCAAUAGCGAGCAAGGGUAAGGUGGGUCAAAAUGCGUCACUAAAACUGAUGCAGCAAACGGGAACGGGAGCGGCGUUGUUGAGCAACACGGCGGCCAAGCCACCCGGGACAGUCACGAUCGGCAAAGGGCAACACUCGCUGCAACCCGCUGCAGGAAGCACCGGCACCGGAGGAACGGUCAAUGUGAGUUUGAAAGCGGUCCGGAGUGGCGGUGGGGCGAAGGGUGGCAACAUAACGCUCACCACGAGCAACGCCUCAACGUUGUACAUGAAAAGUGGCGGUUUGGCGGUCGUUGCGACCAACGGCGGUUCCUUGCAGCCGCACGGCUCGGUGACGACCUCGUCCAUCUACACGACCUCGCCGGCACAAUCCGUCAGCUUUCACCAUCCGAAUGCCAUCCAACAGCAGCAGCAAACGACGAUGAUGGUGACAUCGUCACCAUCCUUCGUACAGCAGCAGCAGCAGCCAGGAAAUCUGGUGAUGGCCAGUUCCUCUUCGCCCGUCACGAGUGUUAAACUUUCGGCCAGUGCCUUGCACGGUGUCGGUUUGGCAAAACUAACGACCACCGGGGGAACCGGAAAUAUGCUGAAAACGACAAAAAGUCAACUGAUCCAAAUGCAUCAGCACCAGCAGCAGCAGCAGCAUCAUCAGUCCGGGUGCUCCGGGGCCGCGUCAUCGCCUGCCUCGCCAUCGCCCCACUCUCGGACGCAUUCACCGGGCGGAAUGGCCGUUGGCGUGGGGGGCGUUCCGCUGAUGAUGGGCACAUCCGGCAAUGCAAUGAAUUCCGCCGCCGCCGCCGCCGGCAGCACCCAGAUCGUGUUACAGCAGCAACCGCACACCGCCACGGGAGUGCCCAUAAUACUUUCGUCCGGUGGCGGUGCAACAACGACGACGACAAUUGUGGGGAAAAUCUCCGGUGGCCGCUUCAAUACUCCGACUUCGUUAUCAAGCUUUCAGCCCGUAGGUUCUUCGCCGGUGUCACUCGGUACCACCACGUUGACCACCCAAGGCCAUAAGGGGCUCAGCAAUCUCUACACGGCAGCGGCCACGGUCGGUGCGUUCGAUCAGCAGCCCGAAACUAUCGCCAAAAGUGGCGCGCCCAAAGGGACUGGCUCUGGCAACAGCGCCAACAUCUUCACGAGCGUAAUAUCAACCUAUGGCGGUGGCUCGGUGGUCACUUCAUCCACGAAAGCAACCACAAAACUUCCCACAACGUUCGGUUCCGGUAGAGGGCGAAACAACAGUGGCCAGUAUCAGCUAGCGGCGGCGGCGGUCCCAACUAUGGCUCCGUGCAACUAUGUGGCACUGGAUCAGCAUCAGUUGAGUGCUGGUGCCGAUCACCAACCACCACUGGCGAUGGUCAAUCAUGCCGUUUCUCCGCCUUACCAGCAGCAGCAACACGCCCGUUACGUGUACGCUUCUUCGCCAUCGAGAGUUUCACAGCAGCAUCAGCAGCAAUUAGCGAGCGACACGAGUGGUGCUGGUGAUACUACCGCUUCCUCCUACUUCAACGGACAACAGCAACUGCAGUCCGAUGAGACGCUAACGGCCCGGAUUCUGCAGAAUUUGUCGAAAAAAUCCAUCGACAGCAGUGCGGCGAAGGCGGCAACCAUUUCCUACGGCCGCCAGCACUCGUUCGAGGCACCGUCGCCGGCAACACCGGCGAGCAGCAGUUUCCCGGCUGCUGGUAGGAGCGGCGAUUCCCUGGAUGGGCGUCGAGUAAGCGGAUCCAUCGACGGAACGGUCAGUAUGUAUGCCGAUAGUAUUCCGCUGAAAAACGAUGGCUAUGCCUCCGGCUCACACUAUUCCGGGCGCGAUGACGAUGAGGUGAACAGUGUCGAGGUGCGUCCGGCACCGGUCGAUCCCUCCUGCGGGCGUUUCGCCUUGCUGCAGGCGAUCAUGCAAGAUCACACGUACUUGGCUCCUGGAUCCUCCUCCUCAUCGCAGCAACUACAUUCCUCUGGCCAGCAGCAGCAGCAGCAGGCAAUGAACCCGCCAGCUACGCCGUCCGCAGCCGCCGCCGUGGUUUCGGCUGCCAAUGCACUUGUGUCGCCGAUGGCGCAAUCGUCUUCGAUUCCAUUGGCGCAGCUAGCAAAGGCCACCUCCGCAAGCAGUGCCAGUGCCAGUCCAGCGACCGGAGGAGCAUCGACGGGGGUCAUGUUUGAGUAUCUGUACCAAGCGAAGGGUGGCCUCUCUACGACACGCCCCGGAGCCCCGGAUGACGAUGCGCAGUCGGUAGUUAGCAACGGUUCCCGGACCGGGCUCGAUAACGAUCUGGGAGAGGAAACGGACACGGCGCCCGAGUGCGAAGGGGAGGACGAUUCAGUAACGCGCUGCAUCUGCGAUCUGACGCACGACGAUGGCUACAUGAUAUGCUGUGAUAAAUGCUCCGCCUGGCAACACGUGGAUUGCAUGGGAAUCGAUCGGUUAAACAUUCCGGACGAGUACAACUGUGAGCUGUGUCAACCGCGAAAGGUGGAUAAAGUUCGCGCCCGUCAGCUGCAGCAGCACAAACGCAAAGAGCAAAAUGUCUUCCUGGCGAACAACAAUGUACCCUCGACGGCCGCGGCCGCGGCUGCGUCUUCGUCCUCAACGAUCGCCGGCAGUCUGGGCGGCGGGUGUGGUGCCGAUGGCAGUGUCGUGUCCUCAAGCACGCAACUUACCCAUCUUAUGCCACCGACAGUGUCAGCAACGGCCGCCGGCGGCAAAGGACAGCUUUCGUACCAGUUCUACAACGACGGCACCCAUGGGCACCCGGUGGCGGGUGGUGCCUAUCAGGCGCACUUCCAAGCCCACCACCAGCCAGCGAAGGGAACGAAGAAAUCCCGUACCACCAGUGGAUCGCGCAAAAAAUCGGACAGCAUUUCGUCUACGUCAUCCUUGGCGAUCGGUGGUAUUGUGGGAUCAUCUUGCGGGAUGUCCGCCUCGGCGGUGCUUUCUUCACAGAACCCAGAAUACGCGAACAGCGUUGGUGGUAAUAGCGCAUUAUUGUCUACAUCGUUCGGAGCCAGCGUAGCGGAUAGUUCCGUUCACGGGAGCGGCCUUUCACCGAUGACGCUCAUGACAAUGGGAGGUGGUGCAGUCGGCCCAUCGGUGCUCGCCAGUGGUCCCUUAUCCUCCGUUCCGAUGCACUGUGAUAGCAGUAGUGGUGGUGCUGGUGUUUCAGUUACCGGGCCCGGAACCAGUACUCCGUUCGUGGGCACCGUAAUGAAAAAGUUAAGCAAGAAAGCAGAAGCGGCACUCAAUCGUCACAACAAUAACAAGCGCAAGGAGCUACGAAACAACGCAGCAGCACCCGGGGCCGCCGCAGGAGCGACGGCCAAGCCAUCGAAGAAGAAAUCGAAAAGUGCCGAGCAGAGCACGGAGAAGCUGACGAACAUGAUUCGCACCUGGAUCGACAGCUACGAAUGGGCCACGACGAACCACUACUCGCCCGAGUUACGGGCCCGGCUGCAGGCGUUUGCCAAGCAGCAAUCGCAGCAAAAUCCACUCCUAACCGACGACCGGCUGUUGGUGGUUCCGGGGACGGGUUCGCUUCCGCCCCGUUGUACGACCGUUCCGCACGCCGGCGGCAAAAUCUUGAUCGGCACAAGCGAUAUCGAGCCGCGAACUCCGAUCAUCGAGGUGCGCGGCAAAUAUAUGCUGACGAGUCAACACAAGCAGCUCCAGUCGCUGUUCAAUAUGGCCGCCAACGGGAAACUGAGCCAGAACAAGAAUGCCGGCCCGUUCCUCUUCCUCUACCAGCUACCAUCGGUGGUGGGUCUCGGCAGUGCCGGAGCUGCCAGCUGUGGACUGGAGCUGUGUGUCGACACGCGCACCUACGGGAACGAUGCGCGCUUCGUGCGACGCUCGUGCCGCCCGAAUGCCGAGCUGCAGCACAGCGUCGAGAAGGGCGUGGUGCAUCUGUACCUCGUGGCCACUACCAACAUCAAGUCCAACACGGAGAUCACGAUCCGGCACGAUGAGCAGUUGAUUCGGCGGAUGGGCGGUGUCGUUAUCCUGACGCACACGACCGUCACGAACGUGUGCGCCUGUGGACUGAUCAAGGACUGUGCCUAUUCGGCGCAACUAAAUGAGCCAGCGGGGACUACAGGCACAGGUGGCACUGCAGUGGCCCCUGGCAGCAUCGGAGUUUGUAAUAAUGGGCCAGUUUCAAUAGCCACUGCGGCGGCGCCGCAAGGGAAAGCGAUGGUCGGUCGGCCGAGUGGUGCGGGUUCGAAGCGCGGCAAUCAUUUCGAUGCAGCCAACACGGCCGGAGCAAUGGCCGGAGGGCAGCCACCGGGCAAGAGGUCGGGUUCGAAGAAGGCACGCAAUAAUAGUGCUAGUCGUUCGGUGAACGCUGGUGGAUCGAUGGCCCCGGAUAUCGGAGAACGGCAUCGGUCGCUGUCGACCAGUGGCGGAGAAAGUGGCUUGGAAGGUCUCUACGGCAGCCAGCCGAUGCCGAUGAUCGGUGGUGCCGCUUCACCGAAUGUUUCGGGUUUUAUGGGAUCACCGCUGGGUCACCCGGUACCACCGAUGAUGCCUCCGGCGCAGUUACAGCAACUACUCCAACAACAACACGAACAGCAACAGCAGCAGCAUUCGCAGCUUGCAACAACGCGACUGUCUGCGGCUUCUCCGAUCCUGGCGACGGGUGGUAGUCCUUACCUCUACGGGGGCGGAUUGAUGGGUUCUCCCCAGCAUCUCCCUGCGGCAGGAAGUCCACUCGCACCACCAGCAGCAGCCGGCUCUUCACCGUACCAUAUGUACGACAUCAAAUCGUCCCCGCUUCGAUCGCCACAACCGUUGCUGACGCCGAUGUCCCUCGCGGUGCCCCUUCCCGGGGCAACGCCACCUGGACACCUUCCCGUCGCAGUGCCAUUACCAGCAGGCGUGCCGCAACCACUGACCUUACCGCACCAUCAGCAGCACCUCUACGCGAACCAUCCACCGCAGCAGCUGUCCCCCUCGCCCAUUAAACAGCUGCAACUGGCGGGUCCGCCAGAUGCGGCUGCCGCUGCCCUGCUGGCAAUGGCGACUUCUGGUGGCGCACGGGGGAAUCUGGUCGAAUCGUUCGAGCACGGGACCCGCUUGGAGCUGAUCCAGCAGCAACAGCAGCUGCACCAGCAACAGAUUCUCGAGGAUGUGCUCAAGAUCCAGAUCAAACCCUCGCCACCGGCAUCACCGAUCAAGGCACAACCGCGUGCAUCGCCCAUUUCUCUACUACUGUCGCCCACACGACCACCAGCGCCCCCACCAUCAGGGCUAGGGACGGCGGUUCUAAAGGGCGCGGACGGUGGCAUUCUGCAGGCAAAAGUGGAACCACUGAACAAUGGCCCACCAUCGGAAGGACCGACAAGCGGCGGGUCGACGGUAAAACAGGAACACGACCAACAAGAGCGCAAGGAGCAAGAAGGUGCGCCCAAGUUGGAAGCCGGUAUUAAACCGGAGGAGCACAAAGAGCCGACGGUGGUAAAAGAAGAGUCCUCGGCCACCAUCACCACCGAGGCAUUCGAUGUCGCGAAGGACGCGCUCUUACUGUUGCCCUCGCUAACGCCUGCGGACAGCGUCAAAGAGGAACUACCUUCCCCGCCAUUGGUGCCAUUGGAAAGGAAACACACCGCGGACUGUUCGCUCACGGCGGAGGCCCACGGCCCACUCACGACGUCUUCACCCCUGAAACGGUUAACGUCACCGCAGCAUCACCUGUUCGGUGGCGGCGGAGCACAACACCUCCACGGGGCCAGCGGCAGCAACAAGAGCCGGCGGAGAGGCAGUGCCGAAGGUGGUUUCGGUUCCGGGAGGAGUGAAAAGAAGAAGCCGGAAAAGUCCGAAAAGCCGAGCCGCAAGUUGACGCGCGAGGAGCGCAAGAUGGAAGCGAUCGUGAAGGCAUUCGCCAAGAUGGAACAGUCGCAGCAGCGCAAACAGGAGCUGAAGGAGCAGCGACGCAGCGGUGGCAGCGUAGACAGCGGUGGCGCGUGCGUUGGCACCGGAGGUAAACGGCGCAGUAUUUCCACGUCCAACACCGCCACGAACGCGAGCGGUGGCAGUAACCUGUCCGAUGAGGGCACGAUGGAUGGAAGCAUCGGAGGCGGCUCCUCGUAUGCGCCCGGAAUGCUGUCGUACGAUAACAGCGAGACCGGUACGGCGGCGGGGGCCUUCGAGACGGUGUCCUCGUCGUCGAGCGCCAAUGCAACGCUUCUCCUGCACCACUCCCAGCACUCAUCGUCCGGCAGUGGCAGCAGCAGCACCGCGAGCAGCCGACGAAAAGCCGUCCUCAGCAGCAAGGCCACGGCAGCGCGGUCGAAGAAAAAGAAGAACAAAAAAGCGGUCAGCCAACACUUUGCUUCGUCGACGCAGCAACGGCGCAAGAAGCUGGCCGCGGCCCGUUCGAAAUCCAAGUCCAAAGUCUCCGGUAGCAGUAAGCCAUCUUCCGGGCGCGUUGACAACGGUUUGGUCGUCUCGCCGGUGCUUCGCAACGAAGAUGCCGGUGGCCACCGCCGACAGCAGCAGCACUACGAUAAGGCCGCCGACUUGUUGCUAACGUUUUCGCAAUCCGCCAGCGAUGCCAUCGGUCCGAGCCAUAUGACGGUCGGAGCAUCGGUUGCGGAAGGUUCCACCGGAACCACUGGGAUCCCAGUGGCGGCGGCGGGUGUUGACGAAGCCGGAACGGAUAGCACCGGCAGCAAUCUUCCGCUGCUUAGUUCCGCUUGCAUGCUCAUCGAAGCGGCCGUUGGCCCGUUCGAGCAUGCAUCCGCAGCAGUGCGUGCCAAUCAUCACCUGAAUCAUCUGCUUCCUUCGCCUUCUCCUUCACCGCUGGCCGUGCCUCCCGGUGCUCCUUCGCCGCCGGUUGUGGCCCACCAUCAAGAGCAUUCGCUGGCGAGUCCGGGUCCGGAGCAUCCCCAGCAGCAGCAGCAGCAGCAGCAAGAUUUCAAAUAUCCUACCAAGGCCAAAACCAAGAAGAGCAUGAGCCGCGAGUGGCUCAGCUCGGCGGCCGCAUCAUCAUCAGCGACGGCGACGGCAGUGGUACCACCACCGAUCAUGGCCCAGGUCGCGGUCGAUCAGGAUUCGGGCUACAUCUCGACGGUGGACGACAAGUUGGCGCCCCUGUCGCUCAUCGACGGAGGGGUUCAGAUGGACACUGGCAACACCGCCAGUGCGAGUGAGGUGGCCAGCGGUGGUGUCGGAAACAUAAUGAUCGCGGCGAAGAAAGUCGAAGAGUUUAUCAUGCAAACCUCUUCUCCGCAUUCGAUGGAAAGGUUGCAGCAGGAUGGCAACAAAUGGCCAUCAUCGUCAUCGGCGAUGAUCGGCGCAGGAGUGUCUGGUGAUGGUGCGGGAGCGGCAAGUGAUAAAAGCGGAACCGCAACCGGAAGUUUCAUGAGCUCCGGAGCAACAACGGAGAGUGCGGCCGUCAAGAAGCGCUGGUUGCGGCAGGCAAUCUCCGAGGAAACGGAUGAGCACCCGACCGGCGGUGGACUGCACUCGUCCUCGUCUUCGUCGUCUUCUCCGCCACCCCCGAAUGGCUUCGUGACGCCCCUUAAAAAGCGGCGCGUUGUGCGAGAGAACCCUUCCAACGUGACCGGAAUUCUGGAUGAACAGCAGCAGCAGCAGCAGCAACAGCAGCAGCAAGUCUUUGGUGGCUCCUCAACCUAUCCGUCCGACAGUAGCGGAGGCCACUUGGUGCUUGGAUCCAGCACCAGUGACAAUACGGCCACCGGGGGGACGAACGAAAACCGAUUUUGGGAUCAGCGAACCGAGAAGCAGGCGAUCGAUCUUUCGCGCUCGGCGAUGCCAACGGGACCGAUCAAGAUGCUGACCCCGUUGCACUUUGUCGACCUUGGACCGAUGCCACCGAUGAUUGCGGCCACGACUCCUGCGACCACGACCACGAGCAGCGAAAGCACUUUACCCUCCGAUCCACACCAUCAUGACCACCCGUUACAGCAGCAUCUUCAACAUCCACAGCACCAUACGCUGCUGCAGCAGCAAAUCCGGCCCCAUCUGCCACCACCGCCGCUGCCGCAUCACGCAGUGCUCCCGUUGGAAGUGACGGACGCGAUUCAGUACGAAACGGACACUGCCCCAACAACGGCAGUGUCCGUUACGAUCUCCUCUGACGCGGCGGCGCCCACUGUACCGGACCAACCGGCGCUGAUUGACCUGCCAAUGGACACCACCACCACCGCGGAGGAACCAUCGUCACCGGCGGUGGCGAUAGAGGCCGAUGAAAAGGAGCACUUUGCUGCAACGGACACCACCACUAGCGUGCAUUACCAGGAGGCAGAAUCGCCUCAUGCUUGCGACGAUCAGCCUCAAGCGACGAACGAUGAAGCGCCUUCGAGCAGUGCGCUGCCAUCGGUGACACCGCCGACGACUCCACGCAGUAAGGGUAGCCAGAAGUACAUUGCUACGGAGGAAGUAAUACAGCCGGAGCAGGACGAUACGUCGGAAGACGGGGGAACCACUGUCAGUGACGAGCCAGCGGUCGAGUUGCAGGAGGAGUCGGACCCAGUGGCUGAGGUUAACGUCGUCAGCGAGCAGGAGGAGAUAGGGCCCGAAGAGCUGGAGGCUAUCACCCAGCAGGUGGUCGAAGCGUUGGUACACGCCGAAGCAAGGCAGCAACCGGACGGGGAGCAGAAGAAAGCGGCCGCCGAGAAAGCGCUGGAAGACGAACUGGAAUCGGUUUCUCCCGAACCGCUAUCGCCAAUGGGAGCGGACGACAUUUUGAUGAGUGGUGACGAGAAGGACGUCGUUACCUAUCGGGAGAACCCGCGGCGGCGACAGCGGCGGCGGAUUACGCCACUGCUGCUGGAUGAUGAGCGAAACGAGAUCAAGUACUGCGAAGCGGAAGAGGACGACGCGGCAGACGUAGCACAUUCCUCGUCGACGGACAAGCUCAACACCUCGAUCUGUGCCUCGCUGUCGUCCACGUUCGACGAGCUGGUCGAAACGAUGGUCGAAGAACAGCUGGCGGCCAUGGACGAGGGUAGGGUCGAAGAGGACGUGCACGACGGCGCCAAAGACGAGGACGACGCUCCGCAGCGGGCGCGAUCGCCAGAGGGUCAAGGGAAGCGCAAGUCGCGGGUACAAUCCAUCGAACAGGAGAUGCGCGAGAUGAUGUCCGAGACGAGCUCUUCGCCCAUCACGACGGUGGUGACCGUUGGCUCUAGCGCUGCCGGGGUCGCUGUUCAUCACGAUGGGCCGGCCGGCCACUGGCAACCGCCAACCAAACCGAUCGGAGUGGUUAAUGGCAAAAAGGAAGAGGAGCUGCUUCCGGAGAUGGUCGAAAAACUGGGCGGCGGAAAGAUGGUCACAUCGUCCCCGAUACGGCCGACCCCGCAGCAGAUUCCGGUGAUCACGGCGAACACCGAACAGAACGAGAUGGAAGAUCUGCAGAAGGUGAUCGCAUCGUUCCACAGCGAGAACAUUAUGAACUUGAUCUCGCGCAACCGCAGCAAAUCGAAAAAGAGCCCCAGCUUGACGCCACCGAACGUGGAGCGCAGCGGCAGUGGUCAGCCACCGGCCAAGAAGCAGGUAAAGCUCAACUUUGAUCUCUCGCUAAAGGAUGACGCCGUGAACGUGACGUUGCAGCAGAGCGAUCGUGAUCGGGAAGCCGAAGUACCCGGUGGCGGCGGCGUGGCAACAACAGCGUCCUCGCUGCUGGAGUCGACAGGCAAUCCGAUACCGACGGUCUUACAGGCGACGCUCCCACCGUCGUCGGUGUCGGUUCUGGCGGCUACAAGCACCCUGACGCCGGCCACGUCGUUGCUGGGAUCGCUCAAGUUCCUCGGCGCACCACCGGGCAUCGUUCCGUCGGUCACCACGUUCGGCGCCGAACCGAUACGUUCGUUUUCGUCGCUCCGCUCCGAUCCGAUACCGACGGUGGGCAGCCAUCUGAGUACCCUCGGUGGCUACCAUCUGCAUCAUCAGCCGCAGCAACCGCCCCUUCUCCGGAGUGUUUCGUCCUCGUUCCUUGACUACCCGACGACGCCGGGCGGCAGUGUGGGAGCUCCCGGUGGUUCGGUAACGCCCACCGGCACCUCCAUUACCGGUGGCAUCUAUCAGUACCGAUCGGAGGUGUCCAACCUGCUCGAGCGUACAAUGUUGGCCCAUCGCUCCACCGAUCCGGCGCAUCGGCCGACCAGUUUCUCGACACUCGGCUCGCUCACAUCGCCCCUGCUGAGCAAAUCGACCCUUCUCUCGGGGGUUGCUGCCGGCAGCGACGUAACCACCGUAACGCCAACGCCGCUGGGAAGUGCGGCGGCGGCGGCAUCAGCGAUCAGCGGUUCGUCCGUUGCAGAAGCAGGAGCCUGCGCCAUCGUCGGUGGUACGGUGGUGGGACAUUAUCCGAAGAUAUUCACCAAAACCGCCAGCUCCGACCCGCGGCUCAACCCGGCGUUACUGACGCCGGCUGCCAAUGGUGCUGGAGGUGCCGGUGAAGCGAACGGUGCUGCCGCUGGCGGUUCUCCCGUGUCAGCCACACCGAAACGGAAGCUCUCCAUCACGGAGUACCGGAAGCGGAAGCUGCAAACGUCCAGCGAUUCUUCAACGUCGUCUACGAUAUGUUCGGCUAGCAGCACCAGUAGUAGUAGUAGUAGUAGUGGCGGUACUACAACCACCAACACUACGAUCUCGACCGCAUCCUCGCGGGCCACGUUGUCGGCGAAUCGAAAGCGUAAGGAGGAUCCGGGCGGUGCAACUGUAGGCAGCAGUCCAACGUCCACGGUUAGUUCGUUCACCCGCGAGCUUAGCAUGGAGCUGGACCUGGAGCUUCAGGAUGGCGAUAAAUGGGGCGACAACUCGAAUGGCUCGUCGAGCACGAGUACCAGCACCAACAAUGCCACCAGUUCCGGGGGCGGCGGCAGCAUCGGAAUGAGCAACGGAACGUCGUCGUCAGGAGGGGUGCUGCCGGCGGGAAAGGAGAGCAGCAGCAGUAGCAGUGGGGCCGCUUCGCCGGAUCCACAGCACCCGAACAAUGUGCACCAUCGCCACCACCAUCACCACCACCACAACCACCAUCUGCAUCAUCAUCACUACGAGCCAAAGGAGGAAAUAACAACUACCUUCAGUGCCACUCCGACGUUGGCCGAAUUGCGCAGCGAAGGAGGAAUGUCGGCGGAGCGAUUGAAAUCGUUGAAAUACUUUCCCUAG